GAGACAGGGUGAGGGAGAGACAGCGAGAGCGAGAGAGCGAGAGAGCGAGCAGGGUGGCAGAGGAGGCGCGGAGCGGGCGGCGGCGGCGGCGGCGGCGGCCCGAGGAAGAGGAGGAGGAAGAGCAGGCGGAGACGCGGCGCCCGGAGCCGGCCGGACCGAGCCGGGGGCGGGCGAGGAGGGGCGCGGCGGCCGCGGCGGAAGGGGGGGCGCUCUGCGGAUGGCCCGGCCCGGCCCGCGGGGGGGGUGAGGUCCUCGGCCCCCCCGCCCUCCCCCCCGGCCCCCGCCCGCCCCCUCCCCGGGCCCGCUCGCCCUCCGGGGCGGUGGGGCAUGGCCUGAGGGUCCCCCGUCUCCGGGGGGGUGGGGGGUGGGGGGAGGGGGGAGGGGCCGCGGGCGCCGCCGACCGGGACUCAGCAGCCCCGCCAGGCAGCCGCCUGUGAUGCUGCCGUCCCCCGUCGCCCCGUGGCCCCACGAUGACCCACAGCCCCGCCACGAGCGAGGACGAGGGAGGCCACAGUGCCAGCGAGUGUGCCGACGGGGGCUCCGAAUCCCACAGCUCCCCAGACGGGCCAGGGCGAGGCCCCCAGGGGACCCGGGCCCGGGGCAGCGGAACACCAGGUAGCCUGGCCUCAGCCCGAGGCCGCCAGGGUCGCUCCAUGUCCGUCCCCGACGACGCCCACUUCAGCAUGAUGGUCUUCAGAAUUGGCAUCCCGGACCUGCACCAGACGAAAUGCCUGCGCUUUAACCCGGACGCCACCAUCUGGACAGCCAAGCAGCAGGUGCUGUGUGCACUGAGUGAAAGCCUACAGGACGUGCUCAACUACGGCCUGUUCCAGCCGGCCACCUCGGGCCGGGACGCCAACUUCCUGGAGGAGGAGCGGCUGCUGCGGGAGUACCCCCAGUCCUUCGAGAAGGGGGUGCCCUACCUGGAGUUCCGAUACAAGACGCGAGUGUACAAACAGACCAAUCUGGACGAGAAACAGCUGGCCAAGCUGCACACCAAGACCGGCUUGAAGAAGUUCCUGGAGUAUGUGCAGCUCGGGACAUCAGACAAGGUGGCACGGUUGCUGGACAAGGGGUUGGACCCCAAUUACCACGACUCGGACUCAGGAGAGACGCCCCUGACCCUGGCCGCCCAGACAGAAGGCUCCGUAGAGGUGAUUCGAACCCUGUGCCUGGGCGGGGCCCACAUCGACUUCCGGGCUCGGGAUGGCAUGACGGCGCUGCACAAGGCCGCCUGCGCCCGGCACUGCCUCGCGCUCACGGCACUCCUGGACCUCGGGGGCUCCCCCAACUACAAGGACCGCCGAGGGCUGACCCCUCUGUUCCACACGGCUAUGGUCGGGGGUGACCCCCGCUGCUGUGAGCUGCUGCUAUACAACAGGGCCCAGCUGGGCGUCGCCGACGAGAACGGCUGGCAGGAGAUCCACCAGGCCUGCCAGCGAGGUCACUCGCAACACCUGGAGCACCUGCUGUUCUACGGGGCGGAGCCUGGAGCCCAGAACGCCUCCGGGAACACGGCCCUGCACAUCUGCGCCCUGUACAACAAGGAGACCUGUGCCCGGAUCCUGCUCUACCGGGGAGCCAACAAGGACGUGAAGAACAACAGUGGGCAGACCCCCUUCCAGGUGGCCGUAAUUGCUGGGAACUUUGAGCUGGGGGAGCUGAUCCGAAACCAUCGAGAACAGGACGUGGUGCCCUUCCAGGAGUCCCCCAAGUACGCAGCCCGCCGGCGGGGCCCCCCGGGCGCGGGGCUGACGGUGCCCCCGGCCCUGCUGCGGGCCAACAGCGACACCAGCAUGGCCCUGCCCGACUGGAUGGUGUUCUCUGCCCCGGGGGCCUCGGCCUCCGGCGCCCCCGCCCCCGCCGCGGGGCCCCAGGCCCAGGCGCAGCCCCCCUCGGCCCCCAGCAACAAGCUCAGCAGCGGGACCCUCCGCAGUGCCAGCAGCCCCAGGGGCGCCCGGGCCCGCUCCCCGUCCCGGGGGAGGCACCCCGAGGAUGUGAAGAGGCAGCCUCGCGGGCGGCCCAGCUCCAGCGGGACGCCUCGGGACGGGCCCGCCGGGGGCACCGGGGGCUCCGGGGGGCCCGGGGGCUCCCUGGGCAGCCGUGGGAGGCGGAGGAAGCUGUACUCGGCCGUGCCCGGCCGCUCCUUUAUGGCCGUGAAGUCGUACCAGGCCCAAGGCGAGGGCGAGAUCUCCCUGAGCAAGGGCGAGAAGAUCAAAGUGCUCAGCAUCGGGGAAGGAGGCUUCUGGGAAGGCCAGGUCAAAGGUCGCGUCGGCUGGUUCCCCUCGGACUGCCUGGAGGAGGUGGCAAACCGCUCCCAGGAGGGAAAGCAAGAAAGCCGCAGUGACAAAGCCAAGCGACUCUUCCGGCACUACACCGUGGGCUCCUACGACAGCUUCGAUGCCCCAAGCCUGCUGGAUGAGAUUGGCCCAGGGAGUGAUUACAUCAUUAAGGAGAAGACCGUGUUGUUGCAGAAGAAGGACAGCGAGGGGUUUGGGUUCGUGCUCCGGGGGGCCAAGGCGCAGACCCCGAUCGAGGAGUUCACCCCCACCCCGGCCUUCCCGGCGCUGCAGUACCUCGAGUCGGUGGACGAGGGUGGUGUGGCAUGGCGCGCAGGACUGCGGAUGGGAGACUUCCUCAUCGAG